AUGCUAUAUUUAACGCUUCUCACUGUUUUGUUUGUCUUCAACGGAGCUCAUUCAUUGGAUUGUCGAAUUGUGAAACAAGGGCAACAUUUUACGUCAACACUUCCAUUUUAUGGUUUUAAAAAUGAAUCAGUCAUUUCAGUGCGUAUUCAGUUUACAGAAAGUACUGCCCGUUAUUUGUUUCCUCCAACAGAAAUUAAUGGACGCUCGUGCUCACAAUCAUGGAACGCAGUCUGGGGUUCUACUCGUUGCGGAUAUCUUAAUUCUCAAUUGAUGGAUUCGGAUCGAUUCGUUUGGCGCCGAGCCGGUAGUUGCCUCCAAUAUGAUUCCCAAGGAUUUGUUAUUUCUGAGCGAGUCGAUUGUGCUGAAGCUGACUUAGUCGAAUUGGCUGCAUCUGCCUAUGAUAAUGGCCUUAAACCAUACCAAUUUUCGGGUAUAUUGUUGAAAGAAUUUUCAGCAAAGCUUCGCAUCAACACGUGGUACAAGUUGCAGUUAACAUUCGAAGAAACUAAAACCGUUUAUCAAUUGUCUGAUGAUGCGAAUCAAGUUCUCGAAGUUCAAACAGUUCAACAUCGUUCAUGUCCUAAGUUUAGUAGUGGCGCGUAUCAAGGCUUAUAUUUUGGUGGACAAUGUCCAGCGCCACAAGAUGUUUCAGUUUGCUAUGACUAA